UAGGUGUACGAUUACAGGUCCUUGAAACGUAGUUGCGAUGACAGCGGCACGUGUCAUGGCGAGUAGUGUUGUCGUGAACGAAAGUAACGUACUGUGAGUGGCUCACACAAAAUCAGACUGCUGAUCAAUUACAAUAGUCGAGAUGAGGGAAGACACGGUGCUGAGUUUAAAGUGGCACAGUUUCCCAUCCCAUUUAGCGGUUUCCCUCGAUACAUGCUAUGAGAAGCAACAGUUUGUAGAUCUUUCGCUUGUGUGCAAAGACGGGACAAUUUUGAAAUGUCAUAAAAUGGUAUUAGCCAAUUCGAGCUCGUUCUUCCGGCGUCUGCUCGUCGCGAACGAUCAUCCUCAUCCCAUGAUCAUCCUUCACGACGUCGAGGCGGACGAGCUAAAGACUAUCAUAAACUUUAUGUACUGCGGCGAGAUACAAGUGGUUCAGAGUGAGGUUAGACGGUUGUUGAAGCUCGCCGAAAUUUUAGAAGUGACUGGACUCAGACACAUUCAGACUUCCGUUUUGGUGGGAGAGUCGAACGACACGUCUCACGAUGAACCCAGAAAAACGGCUACGGUAGCCAAAUUGAAAAUCGAGGAGCCCAAAGCAUUGCCCACUAAACCUGUACCUGAACAUGACCCCAAUGCUAGAUCUCAGAACAAAACGACCUGUCCAACUGCCAGGUUUCUUUCAUCCACUCAUCCCCACAAAGGUGGAGUUAAGUUGCCUCAAGAGAUUACCAAAAAGGGUGAAGAAAGUGCAGUUAAUUUAUUGAGUCAACGAUUGGAGACCGGUAGAUCCGGUAUCAGUAUUGUAGAUGUCAACGACAUGCCAAGCACGAGUAGAGGAAUUCCCAACCCACUUCCUCAAAAAAGAAAAGAUCCUUCUGACAAUGUUAUCAGCUGGCCCAGAAUCUUAUCCGCGAUAUCCAAAGAUCAACCUUUGCCCUUGAAAAAAUUGUGUAUCAUGGAUGAAGUUGAAAUUACACUUGGGAAACCUCCCAUGGUUCCUCAAGAUACUAAGAAAAUUGAACCUUUGGACAAAAGAAAACAAGAGACUAAUUUUGAAGAGAAUCAAACCAUGAACUGCGCUGUGUACAUAAAAGAUGAAGUAGAUAUAUCUCCUGAGAUAGAAGAGGAUGAAUACAUGGAUCCCCUUGAAGUUGAAGAGCUUGAGAAUGAAAGUCCAGAGACUAUUAUGGGCUCUUCCCAAAGAUUUUCUUACACAAACAUUGAUCAAACCUUUAACUCAAGAUCCCUUCCAGAAUUUCCACCAAGAAAGGGAUCCAAUGGUUAAUAAAUGAAAUAAAGAAAACUGAGACAAUUAAUACAUGUUAAUAAAAAUAAUGCUUAGA